UUUCGAUCUCGCGCAAGCGCCUUGGGUCCUGGUUGCCAUGCGGGUGCUCGUAGGUGGCGGGACGGGCUUCAUUGGGACAGCCCUAACCCAGCUGCUAAAAGCCAGAGGCCAUGAAGUGACUCUGGUCUCCCGAAAGCCUGGGCCGGGCCGGAUCACGUGGGAUGAGCUCGCUACGUCGGGGCUGCCCCACUGCGAUGCCGCAGUCAACCUGGCUGGAGAGAACAUCCUCAACCCUCUCCGAAGGUGGAAUGAAGCCUUCCAAAAAGAGGUUCUCAGCAGCCGCUUGGAGACCACCAACCUUCUGGUUAGAGCCAUCACCAAGGCCCCACAACCCCCCCAGGCCUGGAUCUUAGUCACUGGUGUAGCUUACUACCAGCCCAGCCUGACUGCUGAGUAUGAUGAGGACAGCCCAGGAGGGGAUUUUGACUUCUUCUCCAACCUCGUAACUAAGUGGGAAGCUGCAGCCAGGCUUCCUGGAGAUUCUACACGCCAAGUGGUGGUACGCUCUGGGGUUGUGCUGGGCCGUGGGGGCGGUGCCAUUGGUCACAUGCUGCUACCCUUCCGCCUGGGCCUGGGGGGCCCCAUCGGCUCAGGCCAACAAUUCUUCCCCUGGAUUCACAUUGGGGACCUGGCAGGAAUCCUGACCCAUGCCAUUGAAGCAAGCCACGUGCAGGGCAUCCUAAACGGAGUCACUCCAGCCUAUACCACUACCAAUGCUGAGUUUGCUCAGGCCUUGGGCACAGCGCUAGGCCGCCCAGCCUUCAUCCCUCUCCCUAGCACCAUCGUGCAAGCUGUCUUUGGACGAGAACGUGCUGUCAUGCUGCUGGAGGGCCAGAAGGUAAUCCCACGGCGGACACUGGCCACUGGCUACCAGUAUUCCUUCCCAGAGCUGGGGGCUGCCUUGAAGGAAGUCGUAGCCUAAGUGAGAAGAUACAUGGCAGGGCCUACGGUGUUUCCCUCAACAAAGGCUUCCCAGUUGGGACCGAAUAGGAUGAGGUAUUCCUCUCCUUGAGGUAUGAACCCAUCUGAUUCUUAGGGACUGCUCUCCUCCCUGUCCUUUCUCCUUAUUCUGUUGCUGCACUUUAACUGACUGUCCACUGUUUCAAGGGUACAGUCUCAUCAAGUUGGGACCGUAACAUCUCCAGGUUUACUAAGCCAUGUAAUGGAGAUUACUAACAAUCUCCAAGUUUGGUUUCCCUACAUGACCCAGUCCUGCCCCAUUUCUCUUUUGCUAUGUAGUGAAUGCUCU